AAAAGUGUGCGGAUCCGGAUCCGGAUCCGAGGCGGUUUCGGAUUCAAAUCAAGGGAAAGGAACAACGCGAGGGUGGUUGAUCUGAACUGAACUCAGCUUGUGAAACCUGAAGUUUGUGGUAAUCAUCUAGAACCUUCGUUGAGUGGUGAUGGCGAAACUGUUGCAGAGCCUGAAGCGGUUUAUGAAGAAGCCAUGGGAGUGGACGGGACCUCAAUCGCACCCGGAGUACUUGUCGGCUUUGCCCGGAGCCCUUGAGUACCGGGUCUUCUGCCCCGCCACCCCGAAGGAAAACGCGAUCGUUCCCACCUCCCUUCCCGAAACGGUGUACGAUAUCAAAUACUACAGCCGCGACCAGCGCCGCAACCGCCCUCCGAUUCGCCGCACCAUUCUCAAGAAGGCCGAUGUGGAGAAAAUGAUGAAGGAGCAGACCUUUGCCGUCUCCGACUUCCCUCCCGUUUACCUCAACUCCACCGUCGAGGAGGACGAGAAUGCUCACGGCGGUGGCUACCAGAGUUAGGUCAUGUUGCAAUUCGGGUUCAUGCUAUCAGUGGAUAACAUUAUUGGCCCAGUCAAAAUUGUGUUUCUGUUACAGACGUGUAAUGUCCGUCCAUUUUAAAGAGGGUGUAAGCAUGUUAUAUCAAUAAAGGAUUGCUGGCUGCAGUUAAGUUUAACUAUUUGUUUACUUAUUUGUGAACGUUGCAUCAUAAAGUAAAUUGCCUCAAUGACUUCAUAAUGGAUAAAUUGGAUAAUCCCCCCCGAAAUUCCCUGUUAAUUUGGAUUAUGAAUGAAGCUUGUCGGCAUGAUUUCAAAGUUUCUUC